UUAUUAUAUUAAGCAGACGUUUCCAAUAAUAUUGAAUGCAUUGCAAAUGAUUGAAUCAAAUGCACACACGAAUGGUAUCGAUUGGAAUCUCGACCAUAUAAAGGGAAUUAAUUUAGUAUUUAAUAAAAAUAAAAGCGAUUUAAUAAACAAAGGCUAUUUUCAUCACAAAAGUAUUCCGAUUAUAACAGAAUGUUGUCAUUCAACCGAAGAGACUAUUCAACCAAAAGAAUAGUGUCUGUAGGAGGCGUAUCGAAAAGUGGGCGAAUACUAGAGCUGUAUAGGGAUGAGAACUCGACGCAACAUUUUUUUCAAAUAUCGUGCAAAGAAAAGGGCAAACGAUGUGGUCGUCACCCCGUCUUAAAGGCAUUGUCUCAGCGUUUUCAAUGCGUUCAGAAAUAUAGCUUUACUUACGCUUUGGUCAGAGAAUUCAAUGCACCAGAACUACGGUACCGCAUACCUGAUGUAAGCGUAAUCCUUACCGACGAGGACGCUCGCGUGGUCGAAAUGUUAUAUUUUACCAGGGCGAGUAUACCUAACGGCUCGCAGAACAUUCGGGACAAAUAUUCGCUGCUUAACAGGCGACUUAUGCAGACAAGAGAGACAAGUUGUUACAACCAAAUCAUCAAUCAAUCAUCCAUCACAACAAUCAAACAACUGAUGGAUCUAUUGGAGGACAUCAUAACUAACUUCACAAGUAUUGGCGUAUUUGUCGGGAUGUGUUGCCAUUUGAAGAGUUUUAUAAGUGUUGUGCAAAUGAGACAAAUUGAUGUCAAACGAGACAUUUUGUCCAAAGAGUUCAAAGUAAUUGAGAUCCCAAUCGAGAGCUUGAAUUGA